AUGAGGGCAGCAGCUACCAACUCCACCACUUCCGGCGCCGGUAACGUCACCGGCGCCGGCAUCUCUAAUGCCGGAUUAAUCAACGGCUGGAAAUCACCUACACCUUACCUUUUCGGUGGAUUGACUCUCAUGCUAUUGCUUAUAGCAGUUUCUCUUAUAAUUCUUUUUUGGAAUAGGAGGUCUUCUCGGAGGACCCAAAACGGCGCCGAUAAUGAUGAUCAGAAGUCGGAAGCCUCGCCGGAGAUUCUACCGGCGCCGGAAAUGGAGCCUAGAAUUGUCGUUAUAAUGCCCGGUCAUGAUAACCCUACUUAUUUGGGUUAUCCUAGGGCGAAUCUCCAUAUUGCUCAACAACAGGCCUGA